GUGUGUGUAUGGUUAACUAUAAUACACACAUGCAACCAAAACUCGUUGAUACAAAGUGCAAUUCGCUAGAAAAAAUUUUACUCAGCUGCUUACAGUACACUACCAAGUAAUUAUGUCAUGCUAACAAGAAAGUUAAAAAGGGUUUUGUAAAACUAAUUUCAUGGUUAAAAGCAGAUAAAAUGCCACAAUCGAUUAAAAACAAUCGAAAUCAUAUUCGUUGAUCAUACACAUUUUCUCAUGAAAUUCUCUCUUCGUUUAUAUCUAAUCUUUGUACUUGGUGCCUCUUAAAAGAGUCGAUGGUUUAUCUAUUUCCAUUUACUGUCUGUGAAGCAUUCGCUAUGAUACAAAACACAAAACACAUAAACAUGUUCUUGUUUGUAUUUGCUUUGUUUUUGAUUGGUGCGGCACAUGGGAACGAUGAUCCUGAUCAGGGAUCCUGGAUAGAACCUGACGCGUGGUCUAGAGAUCAUUUGACCAUCAGUGCUCAUGCCAUCGAUAAAUGUUCCUGUUUAGCAACGGAUUCAUUCCAGCAACCAAAUAAAGACACAAAGGACAACGUAGCAUUUGUGUAUUAUAAGAAAUUGAUUUCAACAUUGUUUGAUCGGAAGCACAUGGGACAUGAUGCCGAAAGCCAAGUGUUUAAACGUUUGCUAACGUUGUCCGUGCAAUUAUCACAGUUGGAAAAAUUGGAAAAGCUGGACGAUCCGCGAGAUUUGGACAAUUUGUUAACAGAGAUAUUCGAAAAAAGUCGUAGCGGUGUUAAUAAAUAUCAGCAUUGCCAUAUUGAAACAAAGGAAGCAAGUGGUUUUAAAUAUUUGAUUGUUGAUAUUUUGCGCGAUUUGGGACAGCUUGUACAAACAUCUGAGAUUCGAUUCCUAUUGAUCGUUACCGUUGCUGUGUUAUGUGGAUGGUUUUUGCACAAACGUUAUCGCAUUGGCCUUUUGGCUUUGUUUGGCGGUAGUCUUUUCAUAUUUGGAUACAUACAUACUUAUUUGGAAUGCAAUCGUGAAAUGGAAGUUAAUCAAAUGAUUGAAUUUACAAAACUGGCAAACAAACAAUCUCAAGGCAACAAAGGUCCAAAUGGGGUUUGGGGCAUUAUUCAACGUUAUUUUUCUAGCUCCGAAAGUGUGCAGGAGGAGGAACUUUUAAGGAAAUCAACAAGAUUGUCUUUGGGUUUCUGUCGCCCCGAUCAUGUGCUUAUAAUGUAUUUUAAUGACAUAUUUAUGAAAUAUUUAGAAGCUUUAAUAGGACAGUGCACCAAAACCUUGUUAUCGUUACAUGAAAACUUGGGAUUUCCGUUCAAUAUCAUUGCAGGGUUUUUACUCAUAGGCCUCAUCGGUUUUAUAGUAAAGUUGGUGUUCCAUUACACGUUAAAUCCAGCACAUUGGGUUCAUUUAAUUCGCCCCACCGCGCAGUUUAUGCCUUCACCCCACCAUCCUUUGCCGCAAAAUAAUUCUAACCAUGUUCCUAGUGUCGAUCAUAUAUCUGGUGAAAAUCUUAAAAUUUUAUUGAAAACAAUGAAUGCCAUGAAUGCUAUGCCCAUUAGCAAGCAACCAACAAAUACUGUGUCUGGAAUAGAAGAGGUGCGGGAGUCCAUUGAAGGUCCUGCGGAAAGGGAAAGCGCUAUUGUCCAAGACAAAGAAACAUCGUCCAAGGUUCAAGAUAACAAUAAUGCACAGAAAACGGAUUGCAAAACGAACGUUUUACUGGAGGACUUGCCUGCCGAUUCAUGAGAGUUACACUAAUAAAGUUUAUUUAUUUAAUUUAUAACUGUUUUAUAACUGUAAUUCUACAACUUGUAAUUAAAUUUUGUACAAAAAAUUGGUUUUUUGCCCUUGUCCUUAGUGGAAUGUUCAUGGCAAAAUUUGCAUUUGAGUGUUUGAUGCGGUAAGAAUAUUUAGUAAAUUUUGAAGGUACUGGCCAGAGAGCGACAAAAAAAAGUGGAAUGUAAGCAUCUAAAAACUCUCAAAAUUAUAAUGAAAGCUUCGAAAUGCAUCAUGGCUAAGGAAAUUCAAAUAUUAGAUAUGAAUAAAACAAAAUUUAAUUAAAUUA